UACUUGGCAACAAUGCAUGCGCUUCCAUUUUUUUUGUUGUGACCUAAUUCUAACCUUAAAAUCUUAAACUUUAAGAAUGUUUUUAAAUAGUAUUUGCAAUCAUUUUCGUACUUCGCACAGAUACGUAAACGGUACACUGAAAGAGAGGAUCCGACAUGUUUCAACAUCUCCGGUAAUGAGCGGUUUGAUGGAAUUCUUCGACGAUGAAAAGAAUUGGGGUAGUUCUGAGGUGAAAACUGGCCGUUCCUGGACCAAGGACGAUUUACGGAUUAAAUCAAACACAGAUUUGCACAAAUUAUGGUAUGUGCUGGUGAAGGAGAAGAACAUGCUUCUCUCAAUGGAACACGAGCAUAAUGAACAAGUAAGACUCUUUCCCAGUCCCGAACGGUUAGACAAAGUGUUAGACUCCAUGGAGAAUCUAGAGGAAGUUGUUCGUGAAAGAAAUCGUGCAUAUUACGAACUGGAAACCACCGAGCUCGGGGAACAACCCCAUAAAACGGUUACAGGCCCCUUUGGACUUCCAGUUGAUUAUCACGAAACUGAGCAUUCCAUUCCAAAGGAGGUAAAUGCACAAUGGCAGAAAGAACAGAACGUCAAAUGUAGGCCUGAAGAUGUUAAAGCGUUCCUACUGAAAUAUAAGGAAAGAGAAUAUCUAGAAAAUAGGAGACGCCAAAGACGAGACUUUAAUCACGUGAUCGGUCUAUUGAAUAGAUUCCCAAAAAUGGAUAUGGAAGCGCUUAAAGAACAAUAUCCGGAUGUAGAUAUCGAGAAGGCGAAAGCAAGUAGAAAAUAUAAGCCACCAGUUGUCUUCGAUUAAUUUUAUUAUUUGUUACGUAAUUUAAGUUCCUUAAAUAAAGCGUGAAAGCAAUGA